CCGAUCAUGGUUGGGCUAAAGGAUCCAAAGAUUAUAACUAUUUUUGUUUUCUUAAUGACAUAUUUGGUGUUGGGCAAGAGUACAGCCAAAGGAGGUAGAAGUCUAUCUAGAAAACAAGAAGAUGACGAUCUGGAUUUGGAGUUGCAACUCAAGCUCCUUAACAAGCCAGCAGUGAAGUCCAUAAAAACUAAAUAUGGAGAUAUUUAUGAUUGCGUGGAUAUCAAGAAGCAACCAGCAUUCGAUCACCCCUUACUCAGAAAUCAUACCAUUCAGAUGGAACCCAGUUCCUUUCCAGUAGGGUUGAUUAACAAAGAAUUAUUGGAAUCCAAACCUUCAAAAAUCAGAGUCAAGAGUAAUAGGUGUCCACCACGGACAAUCUUAAUACGGAGAACUCAAAAGAAGGAUAUAAUAAGGGCCAAAUCUCAAGUAAGAAGAUAUCCCAGAUAUACCCAUCAGCUCACAGCAAAAAAUCCUGGGUAUCAUUUUGCAACAUUUCAAAUAGGAAAUUCAUAUAUUAAGUCUUAUGAGAGGUUUUUUUCGAUCAACCAAUUCAGUGGAGCAGUGUUAUGGGUUGAAAAUGGGCCUAUAGAUCAACUCAACAGUAUUCAACUUGGAUGGAUGGUAAAUCCAAAGUUAUUUGGUGAUAACAGAACUCGGAGUUUUUCUUAUCGGACGGCAGAUGGAUUUCACAAGACAGGUUGCUUUAAUCUACUAUGCCCAGGUUUCGUACAAGUCAGCCGUAAACAGGCCUUCGGUACUCCCUAUAUGAAAAUUCCCAUCCAUGGAGGAGUGCAAUAUGAGGAUGAUUUUCUUCUGUUCAAGGAUCCAAAAUCUGGAAAUUGGUGGUAUACUACGACUUAUGAUGGAAGACAGGAGCCUGUCGGAUAUUGGCCAUCAUCCUUAUUCACAACCUUAAGAGACUCUGCAUCUAUGAUAGCAUCUGGUGGGGAGGUCUAUAGCCCUACAAGUGAAAGUAGCCCUCAGAUGGGAAACGGCCAUUUACCAACAAUACCAGUCGACACUGAAUCGACAGCUUAUGCCAGAAUGUUACAAUUCGUGGAUGAGAAUUUUUCCCUAGUGGAUCCACCUGCUUCUUUAUUGGGGUUUCAUAUGGAUAGUCCUACAUGCUAUGAGGUGGAAUCAGUAGUUUCUCAACAAAAAGAUUGGAUAAAUUCGAUCUUAUUUGGAGGACCAGGUGGUGUAUGUGGAAUUUGACAUACCAUUAAUAAGUUUUUAAGUCUUUAUCGUUGAACUGAUAAUAUGCUCAAAUGUUUCUAGGAUUGAUGUUUCUUGUAUGAGAUGAUAUGUUUGGA